AAACGAAAACACAUGUAUAACUUCUAUGAUCGUUGACACAAUUAAUUCUCUAGAAUAUAAAAAUUUCUAUGAUUUGCAGUCCAGCACAACACGCCUUUGAAUUGAAACUUCAAAUUCGAGUAGUUUAAAACCUCCCGUCUUCCUCUUCUGAUGAUUGAUUCAAUUUUCAACAAUAUUGCUUCUGAUAAGAGUUGAUGGCGUCGAUUUACUGCUGCGAAGAGUGCGGAGCCAAUUUAAAUCUUCAUUCCAGCCACCUCUACCCGCCGGAUUUCUACUUCGAGGCCGGCAACAAAGGUACCCUCUCGUUUUCUCUAGUCGAUUCCUCCAAAUUUAAGUUCGAUAAAGAAGACAAAAUCCGGCCUUUUUUCGAGUCUUUUAAUUACUGGGGCAUCCAAAGGAAACGCACCAAGAUCAAGUGCAAUAGCUGUGGAAAGCUCGUCGGGUAUAUUUACGAUGAUGGUGCGCCCAUGACGGAUAGUCCGGGUCAGUUCCAUAUGGGUCCGAGUCAGGUUGUGCCUAGAAACCCUAGGUACAGGUUCAAGAGCAAGGCUUUAAGGAUUUCUUCUGAGACUUGAUUUGCGGCUGUGUUUGUGUUUUUUUUGCUGGGUUUUGUAGAUAACGAUGGGGAUUGAUGAGUACGUUUUACGAGAUCUGUUUUGUAUACAUACCGAAUUUUUGUGUGCCUACAUAUGUAAAUUUAUCGUUAAUUGUUAUACCUGUAAUUCAAAAAAUGAGGAAACGAUGUUUGAACUUAUUGUAUUAGGCAAACACGCUGUUAAUUUCUUUCA